UAAAUAUUUUUUGUUUGUUUGUUUUUUUUGAAUUGAUUUAGUAAUUGAAUUGCACUCAAAAAAGUUUGAGGAAAAUUAAUUUUGUUGUUAGUUUUCAAUUUUUUUUWWAAAUUGUUGGUUUAGUUUUAUAUAUAUAUAUAUMAUUUAAAUAAUUAAUUAACUAAAAUAUGUCACAAAAUAACUAUCGGCCGGUUAGUCAUGUCAUCUUUGAUUUGGACGGUUUGCUAAUCAACAGUGAGAUUGUUUUUGCCAAAUCAAUAGCCAUACUAUUGAAACGAUACGGUGUCAAUGACUAUAGCCGUGAACUACAGGAACGGGUGUUGGGUAUGGAAGUUGAAAAAGGCAUACAAGUAAUCAUCGAUGAAACAGGUAUACCGAUAACCGUACAGGAGUUUAGACUAUUGGAGAAAGACAUCUACGAAGAUGAGAUGCGUCGGGUAGAGCUGAUGCCGGGCGCCGAACGACUGGUCAAACAUUUGCAUCGACAUCGGAUACCGAUGGCCAUCGCUACGGGCAGUACGGUUAUGUCGUUCGAGAUAAAAACGGCCAGAUAUCGGGAUUUUUUUCGUGUCGGCCAUAACUUUCAUCAUAUAGUCAUGAGUCGGGACGAUCCGGAAGUCGAACGGCCGAAACCGCACCCGGAUAUCUAUUUGGCUGCGGCCCGACGUUUCCGACCGACUCCGGCCCAACCCGACGGUUGUCUGGUGUUCGAAGAUUCGGGACUGGGUGUGGACGGCGCCCGUGCGGCCGGCAUGCAGUGUGUUAUGGUACCCGACUCGCGCUGGCCAUGUCGCCAGCAAAACGCUACCCAAAUAUUGGCCACUUUGUUGGACUUUAGGCCCGAACUGUAUGGUUUGCCGCCGUUUGACGAUUAAUAUCACUAAUUAAUUAAUUAAAAUUAAUUUUUAAUAAAUAAAUUUAUUAUAAAAUAAUAAAUAAUUUUUUUACCACUAUUUUUAAUGAAACUUAUA